CCUCAACAACAAUGAUAUUUGCAUGGCACUUUGUCUUACCCCUUCUCUCGUCCACGGCUUUAGCGGUCUACAAUAUUCAUCCUCACGACCCCCCAAGAUAUGACGUUCGGUACUGCGAUCUGAUCUGCCACCAAAUGCAAAUGCAAGAAGAACGAGAUCAAUACAAUUCGGUAAUAGCGGCGCAAGGAUACUGGAUGGAUAGCUCGUGCUCUCCCAGCAGUCCGAAUGAGCUAAAUGUCCGACUUGAUCCAUCCGCUGCUAUGUACUUCAAUGAAGUGUGUUGCUUUCCGAGUAUUGGUGGCGUGAUUGUUGCACAGCGGGCUCAUCCCAUCGAGUUCUUGUAUAUUAACGUCGAUCGCAUCAAUAUUACUGAGCCAUCGCAAAACUCCUCGGAGGAAGACGAAUUCUGUAUGAAGCUACGCAAAGUAGGAGGGAAAUGGUGGGAGAGUCCUUAUGAUUUCGAAAAAGCCGUGGAGUUCAAGAUGCGCAAGAUGUAUCCCGAUGAGAGAGAGGUUCUUUACUUGGGGUGGCCACAAGAGGGAGGGGUCUGGGUACUAAGAUUCCAAAGCUAGAGAGAGGUUCAGAUGAUAGGUGGUGCAGUGGCAAGGAUCAACAAUGCACUCUCAGUGGAGGACCGAUGUAUGGCAAUCAAGGAAAGCGG